CUCGGCCCCCGCCGCCUUCCCGGGAGCCAACCCCGGGCUGCGGCCGCGGGGCGGGGGUGAGCCGGGAUCGCGCCUUAUGCAACCGGCUCAGGGAGCGGCCGCCGCCGCCUCGCCGGCAGCAGCAGCAGCAGGAGCAGGAGCAGCCCGGCGCUGUCCGUGAGUCCCGGGCCGAGGGGAAGAARGGCAGCGCAGGCGCUCCGGUCCCGCUCCGCCGGGCCGUCCCGCAGGUGCGGCGGGGCUGAGGGGCUCCGGCCGGGCCGGGCCGGGGGUGAGGCGGGGCUCCCUGACUCCCUCGCUCCGGAGCGCGGCUGUCUUGCGGAGGAGGAGGAGGAGGAGAGGGCGGGAGCUCCUCAGCCCGUGCCGGCCUUCCCCUCAGCACCCCGCCCGGCCGUGUGCCCGGCAGCCCGGCUGCGGGGAGAUGCGUGCCUGGGACGACCUCUACCCGUUCCCAUUGCCGCCCUCAUGGGUGCCGGGGGCUGCCGUCGGGAUUCUUUCCUUGCACUUCUUCCAGAAACUCCUCUUCCCCUACUUCUGGGCCGACCUGAGAUACCUGUUCAAAGUGUUCACCUAUGGGCUGAGAGUGGAGAUGUACCGGCUGCAGGGGCGGGUUGUCACCGUCCUGGACAGGUUUGUGAAGCUGGCGGAGAAGCAGCCCCACAAACCAUUCCUCAUCUACGAAGGGACCGUUCACACCUACCGGGAUGUAGACCGGAGGAGUAACAGGAUAGCGCAGGUCUUCCUGAAGCACGAGGCUCUGAAGAAGGGAGACACGGUAGCUUUGCUGAUGGGGAAUGAGCCGGACUUCAUCCACGUGUGGUUCGGACUGGCCAAGCUGGGCUGUGUGGUGGCGUUCCUCAACUUCAAUGUCCGCCUCAGAUCUCUCCUGCACUGUGUCAGUAGCUGUGAGCCCAAGAUACUGGUUGUGGGAGCAGAUUUGCUUGGGACACUGGAAGAAAUUCUUCCUAAACUUCAAAAAGAUGUUAGUGUUUGGAUAAUGGCCAARGACUCCACAUUCCCAAGUGUGCAUACCCUUUUAGACAAAAUAGAAGCUGCRUCUGAAGACCCUGUUCCAGUUAAUCAGUGCUCUGCCGACAACCUCAAGACACCUGUUUUAUACAUAUUUACUUCAGGAACAACAGGUCUUCCAAAGGCAGCAGUCAUUAGUCAUUUUCAGAUUCUUAAAGGAGCUGCUGGACUGUGGGCUUUUGGGGCUACUUCACAAGAUAUAAUUUAUAUUACUCUGCCUCUUUAUCACAGUGCAGCUUCUCUUCUUGGCAUUGGUGGAUGCAUUGAACUGGGUGCAACCUGUGUGUUAAAAAAGAAGUUCUCAGCUAGUCAGUUUUGGAGUGACUGCAAAAAGUACAAUGUGACUGUCAUCCAGUACAUUGGAGAACUUUGCCGUUACCUUUGCAAUCAGCCAGUGAAGGAAGGAGAAAAGAAUCACAAAGUCCGACUAGCAGUUGGAAAUGGAGUAAGAAAUGAUGUAUGGAGGGAAUUCGUAGACAGAUUUGGUGCUAUUAAGAUCUGUGAGUUCUAUGGUGCUACUGAAGGAAACAUUUGUUUCAUGAACCACACAGGAAAAAUUGGAUCUGUUGGACGCACCAAUUUCUUUUAUAAGCUAUUUUUCCCAUUUGAUUUAAUCAAGUAUGAUUUCCAAAAAGAUGAACCAAUUAGAAAUAAGCAUGGUUGGUGUGAAAAAGUUAAGAAAGGUGAGGCUGGUCUUCUCAUUUCCAAAGUCAAUGCGAAGAACCCCUUCUUUGGUUACGCUGGCAAUAAAAGACACACAGAAAAGAAAUUACUCUGUGAAGUAUUUAAGAAGGGAGAUCUUUAUUUUAAUACUGGAGAUAUAAUGGUUCAAGACCGUGAAAAUUUUAUGUAUUUUUGGGACAGGAUUGGAGAUACCUUCAGAUGGAAAGGGGAGAAUGUUGCCACCACAGAAGUUUCUGAUGUCAUUGUCAUGUUAGACUUCAUACAAGAAGCAAAUAUCUAUGGUGUAUCUGUGCCAGGUCAUGAAGGAAAAGCAGGAAUGGCUUCUCUUAUUUUAAAGAACAAUGCAUCAUUAGACUUGGAGCAAAUGUAUAAGCAAGUAGUGACCUAUCUACCAAAUUAUGCUUGUCCCCUUUUCUUAAGAGUCCAGGAAAAAAUGGAAAUGACAGGAACAUUCAAACAGCAAAAAUUUCAACUUGUGGAUGAAGGUUUUAAUCCAUCUACAAUUACCGAUCCUCUUUAUUUUUUAGAUCAUUCUAAGAAAGCAUAUGUCUUCUUAACCAAAGAAUUAUAUGAGACGAUCUUAUCUGGAAAAAUGAAGCUUUGAUUGACCAAAUAAUAGGUUAUUAAGGGACAGUCUAUACAAGCUAUUGUAUGAGAAAACAAUCAAAUUCAUGACCAGUAUUUAUACAUAGUUAUCCAGAAAAAAAUGGUUUUGUGUUUGAAUAAUCUUUUUUUACAUUCAGAUUAUGUCUGACAUCUUUACUCACUUGAGCUUUAUUUUUUUUYGCUUUUUACCUCGAGACAAAUUUCUAAGCAAAUAACCUGUGAAACAUAACUGAAAUUUAUUUUCUGUUUACUUCGGAAUAUAAAUGCUGAAUCUGAUACUUUUCCUUAGUAGUAAAUAAACAUAAAUGAUACAUAGUAUGAUACCUGGUGAAAAAAAGCAUCAGCAUGUAAAGAUACUGUUUCACAUGCUGUGUCUAAACAGAAAAAAUGUAUUUUUCUGUACUUUACAUACUUCUGAGUAUGUAUAGUAAGAAGUAAAGACUUGAGAGUGGUUGAAAGGAAAAACAACUUUUCUGCAGAGGUCUUUUCUGAUGAAACAUAAAAGAAACUGAAGCAGAAGAAAGUCCUCCAAACAAACCCAAAUUGUAACAUCACUGUUUAGAUUUUCUUUUUCUUAAUCUGUGUUCUUUCGUUUGUUAAGCUGGCUGUUUAGAGUGUCAAAUUCUGAAGACAAAGUGAAACUUUGUGAAAUGUUUCACAGCAGAUCAACAACAGGCAAAGAAGRUCUGCACACUUAAUGGGGAAAAUAAUUUACAUAGAAUUAUUGCAGCACUUUAUGUCAUGUAUAUUGACUAACAAAUAGCUUCCACACUCUUAUUGAUUGCUAGAGAUCAUUAUUUUAUGAGUACAGAAUACAGCAAAUUUUUAAAACACUAAAUUUUAUGUUCUAAUAAUUGCAUUUUCUAAGUUAUAAAAUAAAGUAUAAGAUUAUUUUAA